CCGCGCAGCGUGACUGGCCGCCGCCGCAGACCCGGCUCCAGGAGGCGCAGAGCGCGGCGCGCUGAGUGGGAGAGGCGAGCGGACUGCUGCCUAGCGGCCGCCGCGCCACCCUCCCUCCUCCGCUCCCUCCGCCCUUCUCUGGCGGCUGCGCUCCCUGGGAGCCCGGGAAGCCGCCGCUGCUCUGAGCCCGCAGCUCCAGCGCGGCGACCAGCGGCGAGGCGGGGGCGGCGGGAGCGCAGAGACCACAGGCCCCGGGGACAGGCGGAGGGGGGCACUGGCCUGGGCGGGCAGAACUGAGCGUGGGAGUGUUUGCGCGUGAGAUCUAGGGCUGCUCCCGUGCUCCGUGCGGACCCCGCCAGCCCCAGCCCAGGUCGCUGCAGCCCAGGAACCUCCCGGCCGGUGCUCCAAGGCACGCGCGGCACAGCCAUGAACACCAACGAUGCCAAGGAGUAUCUGGCCCGGAGGGAAAUCCCUCAGCUUUUCGAGAGCCUUCUGAAUGGACUGAUGUGUUCUAAGCCAGAAGACCCCAUAGAGUACUUGGAAAGUUGUUUACAGAAAGUCAAGGAAUUAGGCGGCUGUGACAAAGUGAAGUGGGAUACAUUUGUCAGCCAGGAAAAGAAGACCUUACCUCCUCUCAAUGGAGGACAAUCACGGAGAUCCUUUCUAAGAAAUGUAAUGCCUGAAAAUUCAAACUUUCCAUAUCGGCGGUAUGAUCGGCUCCCUCCAAUCCAUCAAUUCUCCAUAGAAAGUGAUACGGACCUCUCCGAGACUGCAGAGUUAAUUGAGGAGUAUGAGGUUUUUGAUCCUACUAGACCUCGACCCAAAAUCAUUCUUGUCAUAGGUGGUCCGGGAAGUGGAAAGGGUACUCAAAGUUUGAAAAUCGCAGAACGUUACGGAUUCCAAUACAUUUCGGUGGGAGAAUUAUUAAGAAAGAAGAUCCACAGUACGAGCAGCAAUAGAAAAUGGAGUCUUAUUGCCAAAAUAAUUACAACUGGAGAAUUGGCCCCACAGGAAACAACAAUUACAGAGAUAAAACAGAAAUUGAUGCAAAUACCUGAUGAAGAGGGCAUUGUUAUCGAUGGCUUUCCAAGAGAUGUUGCCCAGGCUCUGUCUUUUGAGGACCAAAUCUGUACUCCCGACUUGGUGGUGUUCUUGGCUUGUGCUAAUCAGAGGCUCAAAGAAAGAUUACUGAAGCGCGCAGAGCAACAGGGACGGCCUGAUGACAAUCUGAAAGCUACCCAAAGGAGACUAAUGAACUUCAAGCAGAACGCUGCUCCGUUGGUCAAAUACUUCCAGGAAAAGGGGCUCAUCAUGACAUUUGACGCUGACCGAGACGAGGAUGAGGUGUUCUAUGACAUCAGCAUGGCAGUUGACAGCAAGUUAUUUCCAAACAAAGAAGCUGCGGCAGGUUCGAGUGACCUUGAUCCUUCAAUGAUGUUGGACACUGGAGAGACCAUUGAUACAGGCUCUGACUAUGAAGAUCAGAUGCAGUUACAUUUCUAUUCGCCAAUAUUCCCCUGUCAAAGAUCCGAGGAAUUUCGAAACUUCAUUCACAGCUUCCCAAUGAACUUGACAGUUUCAUUUUCAAAUCCCGUGGGUGAUGACCAGUUAAAUGUAUUUGGAGAGGACACCAUGGGAGGUUUCAUGGAAGAUUUGAGAAAGCGUAAAAUUAUUUUCAUGAUUGGUGGCCCAGGCUCUGGCAAAGGCACACAGUGUGGAAAGCUGGUGGAAAAAUAUGGACUGACACAUCUCUCAACUGGUGACCUUCUGCGUAAUGAGCUGUCGUCAGAAUCUGAAAGAAGCAAACUGAUCAGAGACAUCAUGGAACGUGGCGACCUGGUGCCCUCAGGCAUCAUUCUGGAGCUCCUGAAGGAGGCCAUGCUGGCCAGCCUCAGCGACACCAAAGGCUUCCUGAUUGACGGCUAUCCCCAAGAAGUGAAGCAAGGGGAAGAGUUCGGACGUAGGAUCGGAGACCCGCACUUGGUGAUCUGUAUGGACUGCUCGGCAGACACCAUGACCAACCGCCUUCUCCAGAGGAGCCAGGGCAGCCCUUGCGUGGAAGACAGCAGCACCAUCGCCAAGCGCCUUGAAGCCUACUACCGAGCAUCCAUCCCUGUGAUCGCCUACUAUGAGACGAAAACACAGCUACACAAGGUAAAUGCAGAGGGGACGCCAGAGGAAGUUUUUCUUCAACUCUGCACAGCUAUUGACUCUAUUUUCUGAAGGCAAAAAAGCAUGUACAUUAAGCAGAGUGGAAACAGAAAAAAAUAUUAAAAGGUUCAUCCCUUAACACAGUAUGUUUCAAGUUCAACCUUUUGUGCCCCCCGCCCCAAUCCUAACAUUGCUGUUUGCUUCCCAACUUGACCUGAGAGGUGUCUGGAAAUCAUGCAUGAUGUAUUCCGUAUGAUCCAUGUGCGAUCUUCCUCACUCACACAGCUGUCUGCCCCCCAGCACGCACACGUCUCUGUCAUCUCGGCCACACCUCAGAGCUGCUAGCAGUGCCAGUCUGUGUCAGUGGUGCCCUCAGGACUCGCUGGAGUCUGACCAUUUGGUUUCUCUCUGUCAAGCCGGGGGUUAGCGUCCCUCACUCCCCAGCACAUUUUCCUUCCUCAUCCCGAGACUGACAUGCUGUUGCCUGACGAAGGGUCUCCCAUCUGAGGGGCAGGCCUGGGCGUCUCCUCUGUGGCUCUUUCCUCAAGUGUCAUCCACUAGUAGUAGCUCAGAGCCAGAGAGACUGGGUUGACAACUCCAAUUGUUUGAUAAUAAGUUUGAUUAAAUUUGGUAGAAAUAAUACAAUGUGAAAUUGUAUAGCUUUUCCAAGACCGUAAAACCCAGACUAGUCACCAGUAACACGUGUCCAUUCAUUUUUUGGAAAUAGGCUACUUGGAAGGCUGUCAGAAUGGCUAAGAAAACAAACCUGGUAAACUGUCUAACCUAAUCUCUUUUAUACCCGGUGGUGCAUUUCAGCAACGGUACAUUAACACCAAUGACCAAACGGAACUUUAAAGCAGGAGGUGAUUUGUUAACUGCAUUCACCUAAUGUCAGCUUAUAGUUCUGAUUUCACAGGAUCACCUAUUUACUUAUUGUUACUGCCAAGCAAGUAAGGAACGAAGUAACAGUAACCAAACGGAUGUGGGUGGGAGAGGCUAUCAGUACAUGAUGUAUAACUGAUCCCAGGGCUACAUUCAUUUCAUGUAAGCCUUUAACAGGGCUGUGCAAACCUUAUCAUAUCCAUAUGUAAAAUUGUGUUUUCCUUGCUUCAAGCCAGUGAAGUUUGGGUUCUCCUUUGUGCAGUUAGUUGCCAAAUCAGAGCUUCUUAUAUAUUCUACUGAAAUAUUUGCAUCUUCCAUUCAGUCACUACAAAAGACCAUAGUUUCAGUUUGCAUGACUUUUUUUCCCCUUCAGUGGUUGUGCUGAUAAGGAUCCAAUUCUGGGACAGAAUUGUAUUUUUAAAGUCAUUUUUUUUUAAAUGGAUAUGUACAAAUAAAAUAAAUGGAACACACAAAA